UUCCUAACGACCCGGGAUUCUACCCAGGCAACCAGCACUUGUGGGCCCUGUUCUGGCCAUGGCACAUCCUGGCAGAUGACUGCAAGGCGAUGAAGACGGUUCAGACCUGGGAGGUGGUGGGCGGCAAUCUCUCCGGCGGCCUGCUGGUGCGCUCUGAGAAGGCCUUAGGCUCUCAGCGGGAGCAGCAGCGCUUGCGUACUGGCUCUGUUGUAGAGGAGGUCGAGCUGGAUGGGGAGCGGCUCCACUACAGGCUGCUGGAAGGCAGCGGCCCUCCAAAGGGCUGGGUCAGCACAAAGCUGGAGGGGCGGGAGCUGUUGCAGCGGUGCAGCUCUACCAAAAGUGCCCGAAACCAGGAGAAGGAGGAGACACUCCGGAAAGCCGCGGCUUUGCAAGUGGCGCAGAUGGACAUCUUGGCGGUGGCCUUGAAUGUCGCCGCAACCGUGCAGACCGGGCCUAGGUUCAAAGUCACCCAGGUCACUGGCAGUCUUCUGGAGAUCACACCCUGCGAGGAGUCUGUCAGCCUCGAAGACUUCUGGCCCCCAGAGUGCACCUUAGACGCCCAGCAGAAGCACUACGUCUACUGGGCCAUCGUGUGCAGUUCUUCGUGCGACACCUGGACGAUGGCACUUGCGCUUACGCUGAAGGAGCUUUCAGACUACGGCGUUAUCUUGACCCACGAGUCACGUGCUGUGACCAACCUCAUCGUUCUCAACACCCCCACCAUGGAUGUCAGCGACCUUCUGCCUGGCGCGUUCGAACUGCUGGAGCCAGAAUCAGGGGCGCGAGUGUCCAUGUUCAGCACGCCGGCCUCCCAGCUGUCACUGAAGCAACUGGGUGCGGAGGUGCAGGAGAGACUUGGCUGGGGCGUGUCUCCCACCUUCAACGAGGAGCUUCGCGACAGCUUCGUGGAUCGCUUCGGGGAGCAGUGCCUCACCAACAGCGUGCCACAUUGGUGGAUAGCUGCCAUCGUGCAGGGUGCCUAUGGGCAUUACAUGGUGCACAUCGAUCUGUGCGGGCCCGCGUAUGGCACCUUCUGCCGCAGUCGGAGCAAGGCCUUGCGACACGGCAAGGAGCUGCCCCUGGACUACUUCAUCACUCCCUGCUACCUCAUGACGCCCUACCACGCGCAGCAGACCUUUGUCCUGCAUCCGGAUUACUUGAACUUCGAGCCCUCCGACGCCAAGUUCACAUCUUUGCCAGAGAUCCGGCACUUGAGGUGCUUCUACCAAAGCCAUCUGGGUUACAUCACGGCCACGCCUUUGCCCUGCUUCGUGGACAGCAAGGCGAACUCCUGGCUGCGUCUGCGCUCGCCCUCAGAGGAGGCGGUGGAUACUGUCCAGUCCUGGAAGGACGGCUUGCAGUCCAUCGCCUCCUACUUCCGAGGGGAGAUCUUUAAAGCUUUGGAGCCCGGCACUUACGUGGAGGUGGACAGCACCUGCGACAACGCCACCUUUGCUGGCCGUUUGGGCAAGGUGCUGCAUGCUGCUAAGGGAGAGCUGGAGCUCUUGGUGCAGCUGCACGGCCUCGCGGAGCCGGCGAAGCUGCCGCCCAACGCCCUGAAGUUCUACCCCAGGUACGUUCAGUAUCUGACCCUGGCGGAGAUGGGAGAGCUGGUGGCUUUGCAACUGGCUCUCCUCGAGCCGCUCACGCCGAUGCCCAGUGAGCUGAUUGGUUACUUACGCCGCGAGCGCUAAAUCUUCCAGAAGCGAAGGGCGACACAAAAGGGGCGGCUCCAUAGGUUUGGUGUCGCUGAAGCUCGUC